AUGGGGGGAAACGCAAGCAAAGUCACUGCCCAGGACAAGGCGAUCUUGGACAUGAAGAUCCAGCGCGAUAAGCUCCACCAGUACCAGCGCCGCAUCACCGUCCUCACAGACAAAGAGACCGACAUUGCGAAGCAGAUGCUGGCCAAGGGCGACAAGCAGCGCGCCCUGUUGGCCCUGCGGCGCAAGAAGUACCAGGAGUCGCUGCUCGCCAAGACGGACGCCCAACUGGAGCAGCUCGAGAAGUUGACGUCCAGCGUCGAGUUUGCCCUGAUACAGAAGGAUGUCGUCUUUGGCUUGCAGCAGGGAACUAAGGUCCUCAAGGAUAUCCAUACCGAGAUGGGCGGCAUUGAGCACGUGGAGAAACUCAUGGGCGAGACGGCGGAUGCAAUCGCAUACCAGAAGGAAGUCAGCGAAAUGCUUGGAGGUCGCAUAUCGAAUCACGACGAGGAAGAGGUGGAAGACGAACUGGCGGCCCUCGAGGCCGAAAUGUCCGGCCAACAACUCCCCGCCGUGCCCAAUACCGAGUUGCCCGUGAGGCAGGCCGAAACCGAACCCGAGCCGCAAGCGGCGCGGACGAAGCAACCAGCGAUGCUGGCGGCGUGA